AACUUAAGUUGAGACCGGCCCCGUCACCGUCUUCUUCUGCGUGAAAACAACAAAAAUCAAAUAAAACAAAAAAAAGAGAGAGACUGUUCUCUUCCGUCCGAGAAAACCGAUCAUAGUACGAAGGAUUACUCAAAGAUCGGUGGUGAUGCAGAGGACAAGGAGACGAUGCGAAGGCACCGCCAUGGGCGCCACCGUCUUCGAUCUCCGACCCGGCGUCGGCAUCGGACCUUUCUCCAUCGGAAUGCCGAUUUGUGAUGCAUUUGCGCAAAUAGAGCAGCAGCCUAACAUAUAUGAUGUUGUUCAUGUUAAAUACCACGACGAGGAUCCUCUGAUACUGGAUAUUGUUAUUAGCUUUCCGGAUCAUGGUUUCCAUCUUCGGUUUGAUCCAUGGUCUCAGAGGUUACGCUUGGUUGAGAUAUAUGAUGUCAAGCGGCUUCAGAUGCGUUACGCCACUUCUACGAUUGGGGGAUCAACUCUGGCGACGUUUGUGGCUGUUUAUGCACUUUUUGGACCGACCUUUCCUGGGAUUUAUGAUAAACAAAGAGGGGUUUAUUCUCUCUUCUACCCGGGGCUAUCCUUCCAGUUUCCGAUUCCCAACCAGUACACGGACUGCUGCCAUGAUGGAGAAGCGGCGUUACCAUUGGAGUUUCCAGAUGGCACCACGCCAGUAACAUGCCGGGUCUCUAUAUAUGACAACUCAAGCGACAAAAAAGUUGGUGUAGGAAAGCUGAUGGAUAGAGCUUCUGUCCCUCCUUUGCCUCCUGGCAGCCUUUAUAUGGAAGAGGUUCAUGUCAAGCUUGGCAAGGAGCUAUACUUUACUGUUGGAGGCCAGCAUAUGCCUUUUGGUGCAUCUCCACAGGAUGUAUGGACUGACUUAGGACGACCAUGUGGGAUCCACCCGAAGCAGGUAGAUCAAAUGGUUAUUCAUUCCGCCUCAGAUCCACGACCAAAGACGACUCUUUGUGGUGAUUACUUUUACAACUAUUUUACUCGUGGUAUGGACAUCCUGUUUGAUGGCGAGACUCACAGAGCUAAGAAGUUUGUUCUUCACACCAACUAUCCUGGUCAUGCUGAUUUCAACUCAUACAUAAAGUGCAACUUUGUGAUCUCUGUUGGAGAGAGUGAGGCAGAAGCAAACAGAGGUGGAAACAAGAUCACUCCAAGAACGAAUUGGGAGCAGGUUAAGGAAAUACUCGGGGAGUGUGGACCAGCAGCUAUUCAGACACAGGGCUCGACGAGCAACCCUUUUGGAUCGACAUACGUGUAUGGCUAUCAGAAUGUUGCUUUUGAGGUGAUGAAGAACGGUCAUAUAGCCACUAUUACUUUGUUCCAGUCAUGAUGUGUCUACUGUCCGAGUCUUUGCAGGGGCUUUUAUGCUUUGGGUGGAGAGGCAGAGGCUAUUAUUAUCUUCUACAACAGACUGUAAAUUUAACGUCAUGAUAUUAUCAAAACUACAAAUGUAAAUGCUGUACAGUUGUGUUAGUUGAUUUCAAACUUUAUAAUGACAGUUAGUACUGUAUAUCCCAUUAUUCAGACUACUUGUCUAAUUAUUCUGAUGAUAAU